AUGGUCGACCGUCCAAACAAGCCCUCGGCGCUCGCCUCUACCCCCGCCGCUCCUCCUCAACCCACCGUCGACAUCACCCAUGAUAACUCCCGCGUCAAGGCCGUUCUUCCCACUGGCGAGAGCGUAGAGGUUCUUCUCCAUGGCGCUACUGUCAUUAGCUGGAAAGAUGCUUCAGGGGCUGAGAAGCUCUGGGUCAGCGAGUCUGCUGCCCUUGACGGAAGUGCUGCUGUUCGAGGAGGUAUUCCCAUCGUCUUCCCGGUCUUUGGCACUGCCCCCGACCACGAACCCGUAGCCAAGCUUCCCCAGCACGGCUUUGCUCGUAACUCGCGAUGGGAGUUCCUUGGAAAAUCUACCAGCGAGGGCUCUAGCUCCAGCGUGAAGCUCGACUUUGGUCUUUCGUCCGAGAGCAUCAGCGACGACUUCAAGGCUCUCUGGCCCUACAAGUUUGCUCUUAUCUACAGUGUCUCGCUUGACCCUGAGAGUCUCAACACUACUAUUGUUGUUACCAACGAUGGUGACACUGCUUUCGACUUCCAGACUCUUCUUCACACUUACUUCAAGAUCAGCGACAUCUCUUCCACAGAGGUCACCGGUCUCGAGGACUCCGUCUACUUCUCCAAGGUCUCCAGCUCAGAGGCGACCCAAUCCGGCGCCGUCACUUUCUCCGCCGAAACCGACUCCGUCUACACCCCCGCCAAGGGUCCCUCUCACCCAGUCGUCAUCUCCGAGUCUGGCACUCCCCGUUUCCGUAUCGUCCGUGACAACCUCGACCAGGUCGUCGUCUGGAACCCCUGGGUCGACAAGUCAGCCGGCAUCAAGGACUUUACUCCCAAGGACGGUUGGAAGAACAUGCUCUGUGUUGAGCCUGGCUCUGUCAAGGGAUGGCAGAAGCUGGAGAAGGGCGAUGCUUUCGAGGCGGCGCAGACUAUCACUCUUGUCUGA